AUGUUCAUGAGCCGCACGGUACUCUGGACGUUUGCGAUAAACCUGACCUCACACCAGGAGAUGCCUGGACGACAACCUGAAUCCUCGGCAUUGGCUCGCAACGCUCAACUGGCCUUCUGCUGGAUCAACCCGCCUGUUCGGGAACAAUCGAUCAGAACCAGAUAUCUCGACAACCCAACGCUCAACAGCCGGAGCAAAUGA